CCUCCUCCUCUGUGGUCCCCGUCCCAGGAACCUUUUCUUGGCCCCUUGUCCCCAGAGGCAAGCCUCGAAGGGGCAUGCUGCGACGAGCCGUCUUCUCAGACCUCCAGAGAAAGGCCCUGGAGAGAACUUUCCAGAAGCAGAAAUACAUCAGCAAACCAGACAGGAAGAAGUUGGCCAGUAAACUGGGACUCAAAGACUCACAGGUGAAGAUCUGGUUUCAGAACCGGAGGAUGAAAUGGAGGAACUCAAAAGAAAGGGAGCUCCUGUCAACAGGGGGUUGCCGUCAGCAGACCCUUCCCACCAAAACCAACCCUCACCCAGACCUCACAGAUGUGGGCAGCACCUACUGCCACAGUGGGCUGGAGAGGACUGCGGCUACUAGUCAGGCACAGUUGGAGAGCCAGGAGUCACAUCUGCCCCAUCGUCAUCAUCAUCACCGUCAUCAUCAUCACCACCAUCGCUCCUCUCCGUCAGAGUCCAGUAAACAAUCAGAGUCAGAGAGUGAAGAAAUCACGGUUUCAUAAGAACAUGAUUGAAAAAGAUGCAUUCUUUGCACUACAGUUGCCUUUGAGUGUCAGUUUGACGGGAUGAUGAAAGGUGAAAACCACAAGUACUUUUUUUGGUGGUUUUGUGAAUUGCCUGCAUUCGAUCAGCGUCUAAUCUCUAUUUCUGUACAGUGUUUUGUAUAUGACUUUUUAUAUUUAGUUCAAUAUUUUGUGUACACAUUGUAAAAUAUUUACUGAGCAACUUUAGAUUGACUAUGUGUAUUAGACUCUAUUUUUUAACUCCUAAAGAUACAGUACAA